AUGGCACUUACAAGAAUAAGGGCUUUGCAGAAGCUGAGUGGUGCGAAUUGGUCACCUGUGCUCUGCACAUGGCGACAGAACCGCACAGGGUGUACAUCGACUGCGUCCGCCACUCACCUUCCGGUGUUAUCUGGGGGGCGACGCCUUUUGUCUACCACGAAGACAUUGGGGUCAGCUGAAGCCGUUCCAGCCGAUAGUGAGCAGAAAACAUCCGAGGCAGACGAGCCCCCAAGAGUUCCCAUCGAUGCCAAUAUCCUCCUUAGGUCCCAACUCGAAUUGCAUGGAGACAUUCGAACAUACCUACAGAAAUGGCAGGAUACCAACCCCAAUGAUUUGGACCCGGUGCGCCGAUCCGACUCCAAGCAUCGGCCAUUGGAAGUACCGGGUAAAUCGAUUGGCACAAUGCCUAACGGCCGCGACGCAAUCGAUGCUUGGGGUGACCCGAACAGGUUGAACCAAGAGUCUAUGGACAAAGAUGAAUUUGAAGGUGAACACCUCGAGCAGGGUGAUUUAAUCGCCCGCUUAAAUGCAGACGGGGUGUUUAAUUACGGAAUCUACGUGCGGUCUGUUCACAAGCAGAAGCAGUUCUACAAUGGCAACGGGAAUUGGCGCAUUUGCUCCAACACGGAGCUCGACUAUGUUAUCAAAGGAUUUGCACCUACGGAACUUGUCGAACCUCUCACGCCAUGGUUCCCGGAUAACGAGGCUAUCGCAAGCCAAGAUAUUCAGCUGACCCCCGAGGGAGGUCUUCCGAGGCCACUGGGUGCUCCUCUUCUGAGGAUGAUGAGCAACUUCAAGACUCAUAUCUUGAAAUUCUAUAGAGAAAACUCCCAGAUACUAGAUAAUCUUCAUGAUAAGGUGGCAGACGAUACCGAAGUUCUCUGCUUGAGCCUUGAAAAUUUGACAACAACUGCUCUUGGCAUUGAAGAAUCUGAGCUGACUAGCGUCAACAUGUUUGCUGUUCAUCAAGCUGUUCGCCGACAUGCUUUCCUCAUCGAAAAAGAUGGCAGCUCCUUGUUCAGCCGGAUGUAUAUCGUGCAGCCAAAACGGAUCGCCAAGAUUGUCAAACAGGUUGUUGACUGGACUCAUGAACACCAAGAACAUUGUGUUCGUGCCACAAUGCGAAAAGACACCCAGGGGCACAAAGACCACCCUAUGCACCGAUUUAUCACCAAAGCACAGCGGUUGAUUCGCCUUAGCAGAAGGCUCCGCUCUCCGACUAUUAUGUCCAGCGUGGGACCAUCCUCCAACAGAUAUUCGCCUGGUCAGGAUGGAAACCCACUGGUGUUCCGUGAACUGCCGACCGAAAAGUUCAGUGCAGAUGACCAAAUGAUAAUUGAAUAUCUGCAGCUGUACUCCGUCCCUGCCAUUGUCAUGCCGUCGGGCACUUUGAGAUCAACAGCGACACAUAUCAUGCGUGCCACGGGGAUGUACAACACUCUUGGUUUGAGUGAGGCUUCAACACGUCUUUUGUUGCAGGAGAUCGGCAUCAUAGCGCCUUGGGAGAACCUUCUACCGCUUGACCAAUAUCUGAUGCUUCCUGGGCAUGGCAUAUCCCUCGCAAAGGACAUGGAGUUGGAAGAGAUUGAGGACUCUUGCACUAAGCUCACUGCCGAUCAGUUGCAAGAUUCUAUGCAAUACCUGAGAAAGGAUUGGGGAGAUCUGCCAGUCUACUGUGUGGAUGAUGUGACGGCGCAAGAAAUUGAUGACGGUAUAUCGCUGGAGCCCAUCCCAGGAUCUCAUAAUACAUUCUGGGUGCAUAUCCACGUUGCCAACCCAACAGCGUUUAUUAAGCAUGACAACCCUAUCAUCCAGUAUGCAGCCUCACGACUCUUCACCACCUACAUCCCGGAACGCACCUAUCCCAUGCUUCCCAAAGCUCUUACCGAGCCCCACUUCAGUUUGGCGGCUGGUCGGCCGGUACUCACAUUUAGUGCGAAGAUGAAUCUUCGAGGAGAAAUUUUGGAUAGUGAGAUCAAAAACGGCACAAUUCACAACGUCAUCAAUCUCACUCACAAGACACUGCGCGACUUCUUCGACCCCGAUUCCGAAGAACAGUUGGAAUCCUUCACCAUAGGUGGCGAUUUCACCGAACCACCAAUACCACUUGGUAAAACAAUCCAAGAUGGCCUACGGCCCGAGGACAAAGAUAGAUUCCACAUCAUGCGUCAACUCAUGCUCGCAUUCCGUCACACCCGUAGAAAGAACGGCGCCAUGGACCUCACCCCUCUUAGCCCAGAUCUUUCUGUCUCAGUCCAGUCAGGCGACGCCCCGAUGCCGCCAUACGAUUUACAAUCCACAACCGGGCGCCACUAUCUCGGUGACCCAGUCAUCCGGCUCAAUAUGCAGUCCUAUGAUCCAUACGACGUUCGCGACCAAUCCCGGGACAAUUUGGUCUCCCUUAUCAUGAAUCUGGCCGGGCACAUCUCCGGCCAAUUCUGUGCCGCACGCAACAUCCCCGUUGUCUACGACGGCACCUGGUACGACCCGGAGUACGGACGCGUCACCAACAAAAACCUGGCCAAUUUCGGCGGUGAGGGUUUCUACGAGCUCAGCGUUCCCCUGGCCUAUUCUUCCACAGUCCCAACUAAGCACCACACCCUGGGCUUAGAUACGUAUGUCAAGAGCACCAGUCCGUUGCGCCGAUACACAGAUGUUAUUGCCCAUUACCAGAUCGAGGCAGCGUUGCGUUUCGAGCAUGAACACGGCCGUCAGUUUGACGCUCUUGUUGAUAGUCCCGAUCCUGCUGAGAUCGAUCUAGUGGAGACGGACCCAGCAGAGACAGAUCUAGCAGAAACAGCCACUGCAAUCACCACCAAUGACACAAAAACCACUCCCACCUCUCUCCUCCCCUUCGCCAAAUCCGACAUCGACGCCCACCUCAUCUACUCCCAGCCCCUGCGCAGACGCCUCAGAAAUCUUGACAAAUACUCAACACAGCAUUGGGCUUGUAUGCUCCUCUUCCGUGCAUUCUACUUCUCCGAGUGCAAUCUCCCCGUCACAUUCCCAUGUCUGCUACGCACCCCGCGCACCAAGCCUAGACAUCUGGACGAGGAGUAUUCCGGAGUCAUCACAAAUCUUGGCGUGAACUGCUCGAUCACCAUCCCCCAGGAUUUCCCAGAUAAAGAUAAGCUGGAUAUCUUCUGCACGGUCGAAGCACAUAUCACUGCCAUUGACAUGGCGUCUCUGCAAGUGACUAUGGAGGCGACUGGGUUUGUGAAGCCGUUUGAGAGGAAGGGUGAGUGGGCUUGA